UCCAUGGCGAAUGUUCCUAGAUCUCUCAGAUACUCUUCCCUUAAUCUCACGGAAGACCGUUGGCUGUUUUUAUUCGUUUCACUCUAAAAUUUUAUCGGGAAAAAGAUAGUAGAAAAACUAGGGUUUGUUUGGCUUGGCUUUUGUUUUGUUUUAUAAUUUCCUUUCCUUUGCAGAGAUGGGUAGUGGAGAGAAAAGUUUGAGGAGCUCUCACCUUCAUCAUCAUGGGAAAAAACAAGUGAGGGAUGUGCCUAAGGGGUAUUUGGCAAUCAAGGUGGGGCAAGGGGAGCAGCAGCAGAGAUUUGUAGUGCCUGUGAUUUACUUCAAUCAUCCACUGUUCAUGCAGCUUUUGAAGGAAGCUGAAGAAGAGUACGGCUUCGAUCAGAAAGGCACAAUCACAAUCCCUUGUCAUGUGGAAGAAUUUAGGUACGUUCAGGGCAUGAUUGACAGGGAAAGGUCCCUUCAUCACCACCAUCAACAUGUUGUAGGGUGUUUUAGGGUUUGAUGAGUUAUUUUCUGGUGCCAAACAGGGCCUAAAGAUUUUUCUCAUCAGUUUCUGUAAAUUUUUUUUUUUUUUUUUGUUGGAUGUUUGGUUGGUUGAUGAAGAGGAUAAAGAGAUGAUACCAUGAUGAUGACAAAAUGUGGCUUGGAAUUGUAAUGACUUGGUUAAUAAUUUUGGUAGGAAUUG